AUGUCUUCCAAUUCGGCCCCGUUCGAUCGCCUGACACACUUCGACUGUCUUUCGCGUCGUCGUCCUCGUCCUCGUCCUCGUCCUCGUCCUCGUCUUAGCCUCUUUCGUAUCCUCAUCGUACGUCUCGUUCGAACCGGAAGAACGGGCGAGCCAGCGCGGAAUGUUCACUUGGCACGCGGCGGCGAUGACCACACGAGCAUUAGCAGCCGAUUACGGCCGCAUCGAAUCUGCCUGAUCAACCGUGUGAUAGACCUCGAUGUUCUUUGCCUCACUUGCCAUGCCUCCUUUCCGCUUUCAGCGAACGACACGCCUCGACUGCCAGUGCCACACGCCACCACCGUAGUCGACCAAUCAAAUGGCCGCCCGCUGUUAUGA